AAUCAAUAGGCGCCAUGGAGAGGCGUGCAAUUGAUGCGCAAGUUUCUUAAGGAAUCCUCGACGUUGAAUGAAGGUUGCUGAAUUCAAAACGAUCAAUCUGUGGUCAUAAGGACGGAUGCAAGGUCCGUGCGCUGCAUCCCAAACACCCAGGUCAAUCCUCCAAACGCUCGGGCAACUAGACGAUCUGUGCUGUUCUCUACCCCAGACACGAUGCCCGUUUCGUCAUCGUAGAGCUUCAUCCAUCUCACGAUCUGAAAGACUCGUUCCGAAAGGUCUGUUGGCGGGCCCGCAGGGACCGGUCUCCUGUUCUUUCUUCCGCGCCCUCCUUCGUAAACUCGGUCCACCAAGCGGUCCGUGCGAGCUGCACCACAAAUCGCCGCGCCACUUCUCUCAGCCUCGAGCUGCACCACAAUCGCCGCGCCACUCGCCGCGCCACUUUCUCAGCCUCGUUUCUCAGCCUCGUUUUCCGAAAGGUUUGGACACAGCCUCCAACACGAUCGCCGUGCCCUCCAUCAGGAUUUCCAAGCCACGUCAAGCCACGUCAAGCCACGUCAAGCCACAACCCAAACUCAUGCGCCCCUCUAAGCCACAGCCCAUGCGCCACAAUCGAGCUGCCCGCCUACCACCUUUUCCGGCCCUGGCUCUGUCUGAAGGAUCGAAAACGCGGAAGGCUUUUCCUUCUGUUCGUCUCUCUAAUCCAGCUGGGUCCAAGUUCGUACUGCCACGUUUGGUGGGCGGCAAGUCGGUCGCGACACAGCUUCAUUGGGCUUGGAACCGAAUAUUGGCAACACUUCUACGUUGUGUUUCGUCAACACACCGCUAACCAUGACGCCGACCUUCCCUUUCCGAUUCGCCUAUCUCAUCAGCGCCCCAGGAUAUCUGGAUCGAGUUUCCCAACAGGAGCGACGUGCAAACCUUUCUUCCGUGCUCUCUUCCGCGCCCACCUUAGUAAGCUCGGGCCACCAAACGGUCCGUGCGAGCUGCCUUCACCACAAUCGCCGCUCCACAUCGACGCGCCACAGUCAUAAAUAAAAGAAACUUAUGCUAGUCCACAUUGGAGCACCGCGUUAUGCCGUUCUCAGCCCUACUCCCUUCCAG